AUGACAGACUCACCACCGGUUGAUUCAGAUGUUGAUUCUAAACAACGCCUGUUCAGUGAAUUCGAUGGAAGUUCUCCAAUACCAGAUGAAAUUUCGAAGGCGGCCAUUGAGCAGCAAGCCAACUCGAUGUUAAGACAGUCUAUGAAUAAAGUUUUGUCUGAUCGUGACGGACUUCAUAAGAGGGAAACGACGAAAGGCAGUGAUUUAGUGGAACAGUUAGAUCUGCAAAAGUCUCAGGGAUCGAAUUUCGAUAAUACAGCCAGCUCCACUCCUCAGCCUAUUGUGGUUUCAGUGACGAAGUCACCACCCGAUUCCUUUUCUGCUUCUUACCCAAACAUAGAAAAUGAUGCCAGUAUCAUGGGAACCGUUGCUGCAGGAUCAGUUGAACUACCUGCUACACCUCCUGGUCAUUCACCAGAUGGAUCAAAAGAAGCUGUGAAUUUGUAUAGGAGGUUGUCUUCCGCAUCUGAACCUGCUGCGAGCAUUUCUUCAGACGAAAGAAAAUUUCAGGACGGUCACAAGGAUAUACCAGAAGUUUCCAGGCAGUCUUUUGAUUCGCACAGUACGCUAUUUACAGAAGAAAGUGAAUUGCCGAGUCCGAAAGUGGAUGAGCAGCGCCACUCAGAGUCCAGCAGUGGUUUGGAGACAAGUGACACUGAAAGACAGACCAACGAGAACGCAUUUGAAAGUGAAGAUAGAACUCACUUAGACCUGACUGCAACGACCGCAACUUCUCCUGACGAUGACAAAAGUAAAUCGGUCGAAGAACAAACAAUGAAUGAAAAAGGCAUUCCUAAAUUUUCCUCCUCAGGGCUCCCCAGGGCCACCGCUGCACCGAUGGCUUCCGUAAUCAUGUCUAGACCAGAUUCUUACGCUCAGGCCGGCGGCGAUGGGGUUUACCGAGAAUCACUUGACCUUUCCCAUAAUUCUGAUGCCGAAGAUCCUUCUGUUCCCGUGUCCAGCCGCCACGCAUCUGCUCAUGAGGCGAAAUUCGACAUCGACGCGGAAACUGAUAAGCUGAUAACCGAGGGUGUAGCACUGUUAGCUGACAGUAAAGAAACGGAAGAGCUUGGGAAACAAGAUUAUUGUUAUGCAGAUUCAUGCAGAAAGACAACUGCCGAUGUGACCCCGGUUUCGAAGACACGCUUGGUUCUCGAUCACUUGCGCAAUGUUUUAAUCGUUGCUUUUUCGUAUUCAAAACUAGUCUGUACUCGACUUGUGGAAAAACUACCACACAGAACACGGGUUUGGCUGAUCGUUUCCUACGAAUUUCUCAUUCUUUGCGUUUCUACUUUUUCUCUUGGGCUGAUGCUUCUGGAAUGCCUUAUGAUGGCUCGGAAAGAUGCCAAGUUGGAGACACUGCUGAAGAACGAGUGCAGCAUGUAUAAAAAUUACCAACUGCUUAUGACAGAGAAAGAAACUUUUUUGCUGACAAUGGAGAAGCUAAAAAAAUUACAGACCGAUCACGCCGAGAAGGAGACACAGCUGACUAAGAAGCAGGAGGAGUUGGCAUCAGUCAGAAAGGAGAUAGCCUCUCUUAAAGAGAGUAAAAAUCUUUUAGAUAAUGAGGCUUUGAAACUGAGGGAGCGCUUGGCUUCAGCUGAGAAUAUGAACAGCACAAAUGCCGCUACAAAUGAAAAAUUGAAAGAAGUAGAAAUUUUGAACGCGACGCUUAAAGACACGAUCAAAGAUAUGCAGGCAAACCAGAAAACGAACGAAGAGGAGUUGCAAUCGGCAGUGAACAAAUUGCAGAAAUUUUCUGAACAAGAAGAAGCAUUGAAGUCAAAGAUUGUAGACAUCCUUGCGAGCAAGGAACAGCUUGAGGAUCAUCUGAAAACCGUAAAUGAGGAGAAGGCGGCUGUCGAGAAGGAACUUUCCGAAACGGCCUUUGAACUGAAGGGUCUCAAGUUGUACUUGGCCAAGAGCGGUUGUCGUCAGAACAACAAGCCACUGAACAAGGAGAAGAGUGACGAAGGCGGGUGGGAGGUGGGCAGCAUGAUAAGUAGUGACUCGGAGCAGGACGCUCUCAACAACGCGCUGGCGCGCGUAGACACCAUAGCACACCUCGAGGCGUCUUUAGAAGAGAGCAGGGCAGAAAACGAGCGUAUGAGCAAAAUCGUGUCAGAGGGCUACGAGAACCAGAGGCGCAUGGAAAAGGAACUAGAGGACCUUCGCGCUGAAAACGUGAACAUGAAGCAGACCCAGCAGCAAGCGGAACAGCAGACGAUGGAAGCGCUGACCAAGCUCAAGGUACUUGAAGAAUUUUUCGAGUCGCGCCAGGUAGAGCUCCAGAAGCAGAUCGGGCAGCACAUCGUCAUGUCGCAGCAGCAUUCUGCUCAGCUAGGUUCAUAUGAAGAGUUAACGGCGAGGCUGAAAGAAGAGAAGGAGCAUUCGGACGCGAUCAUAAACGAACUGCGUAAGGAGAUGAAAGAGAUGGAAAGAGAGAACAGCAAAUUGCGGCAGUUGUCACAGAAAGCGCAGAACGACUCAUGGCUUUGCUCGAUGCGGAGCAAGCGAGAAGUGACAGCUUUGCAGUUGGAAAACAAAAAUCUACGUGCAAGGCUUGGAGAGGCUGAAAGUUCGGUCCUCGCGGAUCAGAGCCUGCCAAACAAUGGUAUCCUGACCGUUCCUGAUUUGGACACCAGCAGCCAUUCUUCCGAUGCGGAAGUAGCCAACUUGAGCAAAAACAUGAUGUUUCCUUAUUAUUCUGACAUGGAUCUUGCACCACCACCGUUUUUGCCGCUCCCGCGCAAACCGCUUCCGCCGGAAGACAUAUCGACCAGCAUUGACUCAUUUGAAGAAGGCAUGAGGUGCAGUUCACGAAGAAGAUCGAAGCGCACUUCGGGGUACUCGUGA